AUGGAAAUAUAAAAAGUUGUUAUAACAGGUGGAAACAGAGGUUUAGGUUAUAAUUUAGCACGUUAUUUAUGCAAACAGACCUAUCAUAAAUUAUUAAUAAUAUUAACUGCACGAAAUAAGUAAAAAGGUCGGAACGUUGUCAUAUAAUUAAAACAAGAGUUUCCUUACUGUAAUAUUAUAUACCAAUAUUUAGAUGUUUCUGAUAAAACCACAAUCAGAAAUUUCGUAGAUUGGUUAGAAAUAAAGAUCGGAAAAGUCGAUUUUUUAAUUAAUAAUGCAGGAAUCCAUGAAGGUUUUGGAGUUAAAGCUGAUCAUUUAUAAGCAUAUGAAAUUUUUAAUACCAAUUUAUUUGGACUUAUUGGUUUAACAGAAUAAAUGCUAUAAUGUUUAAGCUCGAAAGGAAAAAUAAUAUGCGUUUCUUCACGUUUAGGUUUAACAAUUUAGCAUGAUACAUAAAUAGAAAGUAUAUUAAGCAAUCCAAAGCUUAAUUAAAAAAAAAUAAUAGAAUUAGCCGAAGAAUAUAUAAAUAAAUUAAAAGAAAACUAGCUUUAAUAUUGGAAUUAAUCGCCCUUUGCAGCAAGUAAAAGUCUUGUAAAUGCAUAUAUAAGACAUGAUGUUAGUAAAAAAUUAGAAGAAUAACAAAUGGCAUUUAGUGUAUGCCCAGGUUGGUGUUAAACUGAAACUGGUGGAAGUAAAGCACCUUUUAGUUGUGAAUAAGGAAUCGAAAGUAUUAUAUAUUUAAUGUUUGAAGUUGAAUAUUAAAGUCAUAUAUUGUUUAAUGGUAAAUUUGUAGCUGAUAAAAAGAUUAUAAAUUAUUGA